AUGCUCAAUGAUGACAAGACUGAGUUCCUGAUUGUAGGUACUCGUCAGCAGCUCUCAAAAGUUUCAAUCCAAAGCAUCAAGAUUGGGCAGACUGAAGUCUCUCCUGUGGCCUCUGCGCGCAAUUUAGGCACAUGGUUCGAUACGCAACAAAUAACAAAUAGCUAAUUAUAUAAAAAACACUUUUCUGUUUAUAGAUUAUGAUCUCAACAUUUUUUGAUGACGUCAACUCUAGGAAAUUCUGACGUCACUUGCUCCUUACCAGCUACAAAUAAACUAUGACAUCAUCCUAUCUACAUGACAUGCAUGACGUCAGCCAGCUUAAAAUAAACUAUGACAUCAUCCUAUCUUAAUAGCAUGCGUGACGUCAUCGGCGUUAUUUAAAGUAUGACAUCAUCCUAUCUUAAUGAGAUGCAUGACGUCAUCUGCGUUAAUUUAUACCACUCAAAAAGUUAAUUAAAUCCACAAAGAAAAGGUUAAAUUGGUGCCUUAUCCACUACUCGCAUCUAGGUAUGGGAACUCACAUUACAAAGACUUGUAGCAGCGCUUUCUAUUAUUUAUACAAUAUGCGUCAUACUAGG